GAGGGGAGGGAUAAGCCGGAGGGAGGCCACUAUAUAAAACGCUAUAGAAACGAGGGUAAAGAGCUCGGGCUGCAAAGUGACAGAGAUUUCUAGGGUUUAGCUCCUCCAUUUCCAUAACCCAAAAUGACAAAGAGAACCAAGAAGGCCGGUAUUGUUGGGAAGUAUGGCACCCGAUAUGGUGCUAGUCUGAGGAAGCAAAUCAAGAAGAUGGAAGUUUCUCAGCACAGCAAGUACUUCUGUGAGUUUUGUGGGAAGUAUGCGGUGAAGCGCAAGGCUGUCGGAAUCUGGGGUUGCAAAGAUUGUGGAAAAGUGAAAGCCGGUGGCGCCUACACCCUAAAUACCGCAAGUGCCGUGACUGUUAGGAGUACCAUCCGAAGGCUCAGGGAGCAGACUGAGAGUUAGAUCUGCAGACUUCUUCUGUUUUCCUUGAAAUCUAUCUUUUUCAUGAUGCAAUAUGUAAACCUAGUUAACCAUCCUUUUCUUAAUGUUCUAUUUACAUUCUGUUAUGUACUUGUACGCGGAGCUUUGUCUUUGACAAAGCGGAGUAAGUGGUUAUUGAGUAAAUUAUAGUUGUUUUCGUUAAGAUUACAGAGCCAUUGCAAAGUUAAGUUUUCUUGUGGG